AUGUCGACCUACAUGCACAAAGAAUUUUCUCAGUUGCAGUCGAUGCAGCAUAUCGGACUCUCUAAAGCAGAUAUCAAAACUUCCCCGUCUGGUCUAGCGUCUGCCCUGGAGUACAAUGGCAAUCAGAACAUCAUGCCAGUUGACCAAAGUCCAGUGUACAUUCCUUCAUACAUGGAUAAUCGUCAAGACUACUCCUCUAUGGCGUUCUGCAGCCCGUCCGUCAUAAAUUACAACGUUCCUGGAAAUUCUAGUGAUUCCGAGGGCUCUCUGAUGAGACAGACCAUGAGUCCGAGCGUGCUAUGGACUGCUCCAGACCACAUGUCUCCCGUGACUUUGCAUUGCCAAUCUUCACUACUAUAUGCAGAGCCACCCAGGAGUCCAUGGUUUGAAGCCAAACCAGAAGAACACGUACUGCCAAUUAACAGAGAAACCAUGAAGAGAAAGUCUAUAGGAGCCGAAUGCACAAACCACGUUGGAAGUAACCCCGGGUCUAAGAGGGACACCCACUUCUGUGCAGUGUGCAGCGACUAUGCCUCUGGUUACCACUAUGGCGUAUGGUCUUGUGAAGGCUGCAAGGCGUUUUUCAAGAGAAGCAUUCAAGGACACAAUGAUUACAUCUGCCCUGCCACAAACCAGUGCACAAUAGACAAAAACAGACGCAAAAGCUGCCAAGCGUGUCGUCUGCGCAAGUGCUUUGAAGUGGGGAUGAUGAAAUGUGGAACCAGACGGGAUCGAUGUGGGUACCGUAUCAUACGUCAUCGGCGUCACUCUGAGGAACAGAUGCAUUGUUUUGGAAAAAACAAAAAAGUUACUGAAACCAUAGGGCAUGUAAAAGAAGUCCUUCCCUGCUGCAUGGGCCCAGAACAGUUUGUUUUGUCUCUCAUUGAAGCUGAACCACCAAAUGUCCUACUGAUGAACCGUCCCUGUAAGCCCUUCACUGAGGCGUCCAUGAUGAUGUCAUUAACAAAACUUGCUGACAAGGAGCUGGUUCAUAUGAUCGCUUGGGCCAAGAAAAUCCCAGGUUUUGUAGAAUUGAGUCUCUAUGAUCAAGUUCGAUUACUGGAAAGCUGUUGGUUGGAAGUUUUGAUGAUGGGACUAAUGUGGCGGUCAAUUGAUCAACCUGGAAAACUUAUCUUUGCCCCAGAUCUAGCUCUUGACAGGGAUGAAGGCAAAUGUGUGGAGGGGAUACUGGAAAUUUUUGAUAUGCUGCUAGCUACGACCUCACGAUUCAGAGAGUUAAAACUUCAGCACCGGGAAUAUCUCUGCCUGAAGGUCCUCAUCCUGCUUAAUUCCCACAUGUUUCCACUAUGCACGUCAGAGGAGGAGUCUGAGAGCAAUCGUAAGCUGCACCAGUUAUUGAAUACAGUCACUGACGGACUGGUCUGGGUCAUUGCCAAGAGCGGCAUUCCUUUCCGACAGCAGUCGACCCGGCUGGCCAAUUUACUGAUGCUUCUGUCACACGUUAGACACGCCAGCAACAAAGGAAUGGAGCAUCUGCUCAGCAUGAAGUGUAAGAACGUGGUGCCCGUAUACGAUCUACUGUUGGAAAUGCUGAACGCGCAUACUCUGCGGGACCACAGGAAGCCGAUGCCACCCGCGAGCUACAGUGCCAAAACACAAAGUGAUGGUAGGGACGCUGUGGCACAGCCACCUCAAUGAUCCAGCGAAGGAUGGGCACAAUGUGAAGUGAUGCGGCAGAACAAAGCCUGUACCUGUUUACACGCUGCUUAUCGCAGCAGAUGAGACUUCUCUGCAGAGCACAAUGUCUAUUCUGGAGAAUUCAGAACAAAUGAAAUUACGUUAGGAAUACGCUUUCUAUAGUCACUUUGAAAGGAUGACACUUUUUUUUUUUUUUUUUAAGGGAUUCUCAGGUGAUUUGCUCAAUUUGCAUUUUUUUUGUAUAUAUUUGAUUGGCAGCACCAAGCCUUAUACAUAUGUCUGCACUGUGUAUUGUGUCGUGACGCUCCAAGUUUAAUGAAUUCUUUAAAGGGGUGUGCCUAAUGCUUCUUACUCCUACAGCGGGCACCUGCUGCAGCAGCCAUUAUGAAUGGGCACAGGGGGCUCGCAACAUCCCCUCCUUGCAAUGGCGAUUUGUAGCGCGACCACCUAUUGCCCCUUAUGUUGACUGAUGUGCGAAAGAGGAAGAAAUGGGCAUUUUCUUCUUGCCACAUACUCCU